AUGACAAAUGUCGACGUUCUCAUUGUUGGUGGAGGACCAACAGGCCAAACGCUAGCCCUCGAGCUAUCCGCUCAGCAAAUCCCCUUUAGAAUCAUCAACAAAGCUGCUGAGCGCUCACCAUACAGCCGCGCCCUCGUGGUACAACCCAGGACACAGGAGCUGUUGAAUCGCUAUGGCAAGGUCCAAGAACUUCUCGACCGCGGCUUCUCGGCCCGUGUCACUACUUUUGCAGUCAAGGGCCAAUGGGUCACGGACAUGAGCUCGGACUGGAAAGGAAUCACUACGACGCAAUUCCUCAAGCCCGUGGUGAUAUCGCAAGCUGAUAGCGAAGAGUAUCUCGACUCGUUGCUGGCAAAGCAAGGCAUCACGAUUGAAAUGGGUAUCGAGGCCAAGACCAUUACGCCAGACGCCGAGGGGGUUACAGUUGUGCUCACCUCGCAAGACGGCAAGGAGGAGACCAUCCGAGCCAAGUACGUCGUCGGCGCAGACGGCGCGCACAGCAGCGUGCGGCACGCGGCCAAGUCCAUCACCUUUGACGGAGACGCGUAUCAGCAAGAGUUUAUCCUCGCCGACGUGCGCCUCAAGUCGGAGCCGUAUCCCAACGACCGAGCCUAUUUUUGCAUGGACCAAGGCGUCAUGAACAUUCUUCCCAUGCAAGGAGGAUAUUCACGUCUCAUUGUCUCGCGGCCGAACCAGCCUAGCGAAAAAGAUCUGUCCCUCGAGGACUUUCAAAAGUUCCUCAACAAGGUCUUCCCAGGGACGGCAGUAGCAUCAGACCCCAGAUGGAUCGCCGCGUUCCACCUGCACCACCGCAUUGCCAGCAACUACCGCGAGGGCCGCCUCCUGCUCGCCGGCGACGCCGCCCACAUCCACUCCCCCGCCGGCGGCCAGGGCAUGAACACGGGCAUCCAAGACGCCAUCAACCUGGGCUGGAAGCUAGCCGCCGUGCUCAAGGGCGAGAAACCCGAGGCGUUCCUGGACACGUACAAUGAGGAGCGCCACCGCGUCGGCGAGUACCUCUUGCGCAACAGCGACCGCAUGUUUAGCUUUGCGUCGUCGCAGAACCCCGUCUUCUUGUUUCUGCGCAACCUCAUCCUGCCCUGGGUCCUGCCGUGGAUGACCAGCAGCCCCCAGCGCGUGCUCAACGGCCUCAAGUUCAUGACCCAGUUUGGCGUCAAGUACCGCCGCAGCUCCAUUGUCGGCACCGCUGCCGGUUUCACGGGCCCUGUCCUGGGCGGGUUCCGCGCCCCCGAGGCGAGCCUCCGGGGUCCCGAGGGCGACGAGCAGUACCUCCAGGACCUCUUGACGCCGGGUAGUCACCAUCUUGUACUCUUUUCUGGUACCGGACCCGAUGCGGCUACCGAGGGCGAUUUGCACCGCGCCGAGGCAAAGUUCCUCGAGGCCAGCCACACCCGGACCAAGGUCCACACCGUCUUUGCUGGUGGUGAGAAGCAGCAAAUGGCGGGCUGGACAGAUGUUGAUGGCGAGGCGCACCGGGUCUACGGAUUUGGAAGCAAGCCUGGCUACGUUUUGGUGCGGCCCGAUUGCUACGUUGCUCACAUUGGACCACUUGCAGCGCUAGAUGGGUUGAUUGCCUGGUUGUAA